UAGUAACGGGAGCACUGAAAAACUCCCUUUUGUUAUAAUCUAGAUUGGUUGGGGCGCGGGGCAUCCUCGUGGUCGUGGCUCGUGGAGUGCACGAUCUGAUGCUGGAUUUUGUGGUAUCGUUUCGUAUUAUAGUGGAGGUGUUAGCGUAAGCGCAUUUCUCUUCCUCUUUCCCCCUUUCCUUUACCUCUCAAUUUCAUCUUUCCGGCGCUGAAUUUUCAUCCCAGAUUGCCUUCAACCCUUUCGUUUUCCAGAUUUUCCUUUAUCUUCCUCUUUCUCUGUUGGAGGAGGAUUCAGAGGAAUUCAAUUCUGAGAUUUACUCUGUUUAAAGACCCUUUUGGGAUCCUUAUGGAACAGUGGAAGACGGGAGAUUUCUCUCAAUCUAUUAUACCAGCUGAUUUAGUUCCUUCCUCGUCUCUUCAGCCUCAGCCUCUCGCUGCGUCCUCGACUCGCCACCAUAACAACCAGCUUACUGAAUCCAGGUUAAGAACAGAUGCGGAAGUAAAAGAUCCAAUAGCAGUGAGAAAAAUUCAAAAGGCAGAUCGUGAAAAAUUGAGGAGAGACAGACUGAAUGAACACUUUCUUGAGCUAGGAAACACAUUAGAUCCAGAUAGGCCUAAAAAUGACAAGGCUACCAUCCUUACAGACACUAUCCAAAUGCUGAAGGAUUUAACUGCUGAAGUCAAUAGAUUAAAGGCUGACUAUGAAGCUCUUUCUGAAGAAUCACGUGAGCUAACCCAGGAAAAGAAUGAGCUUAGAGAAGAGAAGGCUUCACUAAAAUCAGAUAUUGAAAAUCUAAAUGCUCAGUAUCAACAAAGACUGAGGGUCAUGUUUCCCUGGGCCACAAUGGAUCCUGCGGUGAUCAUGGGGCCCCCAUAUUCCUACCCAGUUCCCGUUCCCGUUCCCCCUGGACCGAUUCCCAUGCAUCCAUCAUUGCAGCCCUUCACCUUCUUUGGAAAUCAGAAUCCCGGUGCUAUUCCCAACCCCUGUUCCACAUUUGUCCCAUAUACUGCUGCAGCCAAUCAUCCGCUUGAUCAGCCCUCUGCCCAAUAUGCUUCCAAUUCACAUAUAUCUAGCAAACAAGAUUCCAGAAGUAAAUCAUCAGAUCAGCACAGGUGUAGUAAUGCAGAAAGAUGUGACGAAUCCAACGAUGUAGCAACGGACCUUGAACUUAAGAUGCCUGGAUCUUCGACACAGCAGGAUGCAUCCUCUGGAAGUAAGAAAGGUAAGCAGUCGCAAAGGAAAGAAAAAAGUGCAACAGAUUGUAGUUCUUCGAGUAGGUUUUCUUCAUCCCAAGUUCUUCAAGAUAGCUCCUCUAACAGCGUUGGCGACAUCCCGAAACAGAACAACUGAAUUCAAGGUUACUAUCCUCAUUAAAGUGAUUAAAUUCAUGGUUGUUUCUUCCUUCUCCAACCAAAUAUUGAGUUGAGGAAUUUAGGUUCGAAGCUUUAGCUUUAGCUCCCGCAUGAAAAGAUGCGAGCAGUCAUUUCCCAUUCCGUAACUUCUUGCCUUACCUAACUAUGGCCAUCGAUGGGCGAGAUAUUGCGGCGGUUAUCGAUGUCUAAUUUAACGAAGCUUACCAUAUCGAAAUGAUAUUGUUAUAGGCUGAAAUUGACAUCAUUUUUCCGGUGCAGACCCUACAUUUAGGGAGUGGUUCAGUGAAAUAUCUACUUGUAAAUAAUUGUCCAUGUGCCCCUGUACUGCUUGUUAUGAGACUAUUGCAGAGGCCAUUCAUGAUGGAAAAGGCCCAAAAGCUUUCUAAGUGAAGCUGGAAAAUGCUUCCGUUUCCGUUUCCAUUUCCAUUGAAAUUGAUUACGAUGGGUUAAAAACA